UUCCCUCCUCCUCCUCGCCGUCGUCGCAGGCCGGCGGCUGCGGCGGGCAGGCCUGCGGCGGGCAUCAAGGGCAAUCCAUUGUGUGAGCGAGUUCCUCACCGUCCUCCGUGCUAAGCAAUCAAUCAACUCCCAAGAAAUUUAAAGAACUUCGAAUAAAAAGGAUCAUGGCUGCCGCUGAAUUGUCGAUCAAGCUCGUGAUUGAUACCAAAGCUCACAAAGUCUGCUUUGCCGAAGCUGGCAGUGACUUCGUCGAGUUCCUCUCCAGCCUCCUUUGUCUCCCUGUAAGCAAUAUCAUCAACCUGCUUACCAAGGAACAUAUGGUUGGAAGCAUUGCAAAUGUGUUUGACAGCGUGGAGAAGCUGGACGCCGAUCAUGUAAUCUCAAACGAAAGCAAGGAGCCUUACCUUAAGCCAAUGGUUGCCCCUGGAGCGCUCUGUCCUUUGCAGCAGCUGAUAGAUGCACAGCUAGACACCGAUACCAGCUUCUUCACAUGUGAAGGGAAAUUGAACCAUUACCACGGCAUUCGUGUUGCUUGUGGAUAUUUUACGGUUAUGAAAGGCAGCAUUUGCCCUAAGUGCGGCUACGCAAUGGAGAAGGCAAUGGCACAUGUCAAAGCCACUGGGUUUGUGGUUGGGACAGCCAGGUACACUGUCAAGGAUGAUCUCUCAAUUGUUCCAGCAUCCAGCGUGUCAACCAUCAGCUUGCUUGCACAAUGCGGUGUCAAGGACUUGAGCACGCUGCAGGAAAGGACCGUGAAGAUUGGCAAGGAAGAGGCACUGGAGAUACUCCUUGCAUCCCUGAGGACUAAGACCGUGCUGACUGAUGUAUUUCUCCUGAAGAAAAAAGUUAGUUGCAAGAGGGAGGCUGCUACUUAGUUAGUAUGAUACAUGUAUGAUACAUGAGCAGUUUUACCAGGCAUCGCAUCUGAGAAAUUGGAAAGUUCCGUACAAGUUACAGACCUUCAUUGUGAGCAUGGAGUAGGUUUCCAUUUGUCUUAAAGGGAAAGCAUCACUUUGUAUUGCUCAUUUUUAGAUUAGUCUUAAAUACACUUGGAAUAGUUUUUUUUUAAUAGAAAUGUUACAACCCAGCCAGUGAAAUCUUACUGUCAAUUUGCGUCUCGCUAUAAAUA